AGUUGGUGUCAUAGUGUUGUUGCUACAUCUCCUGCUAAAUUUUUCCUGGACUUUUAAUAAUUAAACAAAAUGGCAUCAUCGUAGAAGACAAACAAAAUGGCCACGACGAAACUGAAUGGUGCUUUCGACGCAGAUACGAAGAACGGAAAUAAUAAUUUUAGCAAUACAAAUAUAGAACAAAUUUAUAAAACUGUGAUAGAACGAACAGAGUUAGAUCCUAUGGAUAGAAACAUAGACGUUGAUAAAAGUUAUUGUAUAGAUUGUACAAAGAAAAUGACGAUCGAUGAUCACUGUAACGACUGUAAUCGUUUGUCGGAGAUACAACAGUUUUACAACGGAAAGAAUAUACUAAUCACUGGAGCUACUGGUAAGUAUUCCUUUUUCUACCGACUUCAAAAAGAAGACGACACUCAAUUCGAAUAUAUGUUUUUUUUAUGUGUGUUACCUCAUAACUUUUUACUGGGUGAACCGAUUUCGAUGAUUCUUUUAUUAUUUGAAAGCUGGUGGUUUUGAUCAAGGUCUGACUUAUUGUUUUUGAGUUACUCUUAAUAAAUUAUAUUGAAGUCGGUUGAAUAAAAUUUACCACGAGUUCCUCUUCUCUACGACCAACGCUAUAGGCGAUGAACCACGCUAUGUUACGAGGAGCGAUGGGCAGAGACUAUGGACUUCCAUUUGGCACGAUCCUGACACGCCUCUCUCGCUUACUUCACAUCCAUAUACAUAUGCAUACACGCUCCUCGGUUAAGGGUACUCCUAAUCUGGUCUAUUGUCAAUAUAUCGCCAAUUUGAUUGAUAACCCUUCGUCUAGGGCGUCCCUUCCCUACUCUGCCGUUCACAUCUGAAAAUACAUAACCAUAGUAUCGUCAAUAUGAUACCUAAAUCCCACUUUAAAAUAUUUAUAAGCUCUUAAUAUGUACUAUUUUCUGUGGAAGCGUGAUCCUUCCCUAAUUUUUUUUUCGGUUAAAUUUUCGGUCUUGAAAUUUAUUCCAAAACUAAUUAUGCUCCCCACCUGCUUAUGAUUUGGCUGACCGUUACAUUGAGUGCAGGAAGCGUAUGUCAUAUUUCUUGUUAUCUUCCGACAGUAUUUGUAAUUAAUUAGCAUUAUUUAAAUCGGUACGGAAAAGAGCGUAAUCAAGUCGGUCAAAUUUUUCCUUGAAAUUUUUUUUCAAACUGACAAGGAACUGUAAUGUUGCAAGCUUUUCUAAGCUAAGCAAUUCCUUGUAAUUAGCAUCUCAUUCCUUUUGUUCUAGUGUUUUAGCAGUUAUAAGGAAAUGAACCCCACUAGAUGGAGUGAUGAUCUGGUGAGACGUGCAGGGAGUCAAUGAAUGCAGGUGGCUCAGGACCGUGCUUUGUGGCAUUCCUUGGGGUAGACCUAUGUUCAGCCGUGGACUUGUGAAGGGCUCUAAUAAUGAUGAUGAUGAUGAUGAUGAAGGAAAUGAAAAUGAAAGUGAGAAGGGUUCGAAUACCGCACGGGACAAGUAUUUGUAUGACCUACAAAUAAUUGGAAAAGGAAUAGUAAAAAAUUAAAACGAAGUCACUUAUAGCCUCUCUGUGUUCACUUUAGAUGGGUUUUGAUGCGAUUUGCUUUUAAGUAUCUAUUAUUCGUGCCGUGUAGUGGCGGUCAAGAAUAUCCACUACCCCAUAUCCUCCCGUGGGUGUCGUAAAAGGCGACAAAGGGAAACAGCCAGGAGAUGGGCAGCAGCAUCUUCCUGAUAAUAGCCAAAUGACAAUAAAAAAACUGCGGUUGCCAACCCGCUCGCCAAGCGUGGCAACUAUGGCAAAUACCCCCCAAUGAUGAGAGCAACAAAAAAACGGCCCCCAGUCCCCGGCGGCCCCGCUAUUCCUGGCUACGGUGGCGACCAUGGUAACGGCGGGGCAGGGGGUGCUAAGAAUCUCCGGUGGAGGUUCGGUUGCCACCUUAGACGACUCGACCUGGCAACGUACAACGCACGCACCCUGAGGACUGACGAGAAGAUCGUGGAGCUGGAAGAAGAGAUAGACAAGUUGCGCUGGCAUAUUAUAGGAUUAUCUGAAGUCCGAAGAGAGGGGGAGAACACGGUAAUCCUCGAAUCCGGCAACUUGCUCUAUCACCGGGAGGGCGACCAUCUGUCCCAAGGAGGUGUCGGAUUUAUCGUCCACAAGUCUCUCGUUAACAACGUUGUAAAAAUCGGGAGUGUGUCGACGAGGGUUGCGUACCUUAUACUCAGAAUCACCAAACGGUAUUCGCUGAAGGUCAUACAGGUUUACGCACCAACCUCGGCACACCCCGAUGAGGAGGUGGAGGAAAUGUAUGAGGAUAUCUCUAGAGCCAUGCAUUCCUCCAAAACCCAAUAUACGGUGUUAAUGGGAGACUUCAAUGCAAAACUAGGCACAAGAGAGAACGGUGAGCUGAAAGUAGGGAAAUUUGGAAUAGGGCAACGGAACCCAAGGGGCCAGCAGCUGGCCGACUUCAUGGAGAAAGAGGGACUCUUUAUGAUGAACUCUUUCUUCCAGAAGCGGCCCCACAGGAAGUGGACCUGGUCGAGCCCCGACGGUUCCACAAAAAAUGAGAUUGACUUCAUUAUGACGACCAGACGACAACUGUUCAGUGAUGUCUCCGUGAUCGCGAGGGUGAAAACUGGUAGCGAUCACCGAAUGGUUAGAGGCACACUGAACCUAAACGUUAAGUUGGAGAGGUCUCGUCUAAUGAAGUCAACGCUCCGUCCCCCUCGUGCUCUGUUUCAAAGUCCCGAAACCUUUCAGCUCGAGUUACAAAACCGUUUUCAGUGCCUAGAAGACUGCAAUGAAGUGGACGAUAUGAAUGACAAGCUCGUGGAAACUGUCCAUGCGGUUGGAGCUAAGUUCUGCAAGACCCGCCGCAGAAGAACACAAAAACUCUCCGAUCACACUCUUAAUCUCAUGGCUGUUAGACGGGAGAUGAAGCUACAUUCUUCAACAGACUUGACAGCAUACAGGCAUCUGAACAGACAGAUCUCCAAAUGCAUGCGGCGGGACUUACGCAACUUCAAUACAGCUCGUAUUGAAGAAGCGAUCGAGCGGAACCAAGGCUCCAAAGUCUUUGCCAGAGAUCUGUCUGCCAGAAAGAGCCAACUGUCAAAGCUGAAGACAGAAUGUGGCAGCAUCGUUUCCGGGACACCUGAGAUUUUGAGUGAGAUUGAGAGGUUCUAUGGGCAGCUGUACACAUCAUCGUUGGAGCCACACGCAAGUGUGAGUAACGAUCCAAGAGCGAGUCUCAUCCGACACUAUUCCGAAGAUAUCCCGGAUGUCAUUCUGAGCGAGAUUAGGAUGGCUCUCCAGCACCUUAAAAACGGCAAGGCCCCAGGCGAGGAUGGAAUUACAGCGGAGCUUCUGAAAGCGGGUGGAAGACCGGUACUUGAAGUCCUUCAGAAGCUCUUUAAUUCCGUCCUCCAUGGUGGCAUUACACCGGAGGCGUGGAGCAGAAGUGCGGUGGUCUUGUUCUUCAAGAAAGGUGACAACGCUCUCUUGAAGAACUACAGACCGAUUUCCCUUCUGAGCCGCGUCUACGUGCUGUUUUCGAGAGUCAUUACGAAUCGUCUCGCGCGCAGACUUGACGACUUCCAGUCUCCCGAACAAGCCGGUUUUCGAAAGGGCUUUAGCACCAUAGACCACAUACAUACCCUUCGGCAAGUUGUACAGAAGUCCGAAGAGUACAAUUUGCCACUAUGUCUGGCGUAUGUGGACUAUGAGAAAGCCUUUGAUUCCGUCGAAAUUUGGGCGGUGCUGCAGUCCCUUCAGCGGUGCCAAGUUGACUGUCGGUAUAUCGAAGUGUUGAAGUGCUUGUACAGUAGGGCUACGAUGGCUAUCCGAGUACAGAACCAGAGUACGAAACCUAUCCAAUUGCAGAGAGGUGUAAGACAGGGUGACGUCAUAUCCCCGAAACUCUUCACCGCUGCAUUGGAAGACGUUUUCAAGCUUCUGGACUGGAAAGGAUACGGAAUCAAGAUCAAUGGCGAGUACAUCACUCACCUUCGAUUUGCCGACGAUAUAGUCCUUAUGGCAGAAUCGCUGGAGGACCUAAGCACUAUGCUCAAUGACCUCAAUAGUGUUUCCCAACGGAUAGGUCUUAAGAUGAACAUGGACAAAACUAAGAUCAUGUUUAAUGUCCAUGUCACACCUAUGCCGAUAGUUGUUGGGAACACUAAGCUCGAAGUUGUUGACGAGUAUGUUUACCUGGGACAAAUAGUCCGACUGGGUAAGUCCAACUUCGACCGAGAGGUCAAUCGACGGAUUCAACUCGGCUGGGCAGCGUUCGGGAAGCUACGACACAUCUUCUCGUCAGACAUACCUCAAAACCUUAAAACCAAAUUGUACAACCAGUGCGUGUUGCCAGUGAUGACUUACGGAACUGAGACGUGGUCCUUCACUGCUGGCCGUAUGAGGAAGCUCAAGGUCGCUCAGCGAGCUAUGGAGAGGGCUAUGCUCGGAGUUUCUCUGCGUGAUAAACUUAGGAAUGAGGAUAUCCGCAGUAGAACCAGAGUGACCGACAUAGUCCAACGGAUUAGUAAGCUGAAGUGGCAGUGGGCCGGCCAUAUAGCCCGAAGAACCGACAACCGAUGGGGAAGAAAGGUUCUCGAGUGGCAGCCUCGUACCGGUAGGCGAAGUGUAGGGCGUCCCCCCACGAGAUGGAGUGACGACCUGGUAAGACAUGCAGGAAGUCGAUGGAUGCAGGUGGCUCAGGACCGUGUUUUGUGGCAUUCUUUGGGGGAGGCCUAUGUUCAGCAGUGGACUUGUGAAGGGCUGUAAUGAUGAUGAAUGAUGAUCUAUUAUCGUUUAAAGAUUUCUUAAGAACAGUUAUCAUGAAUAAGGCAUGCAUAUUUUUGUAUGGAUAGUAGAUAAAUGUUGACGAUCUAGCUGAAAAAGAUAGUUAUAGUCACACUGGUUAUCGCACCCUUGUGAAGUCGGGACGAGCUGCAAGGUUUUUAUAACAAGUUAUCAUCUGUCUUUCCAUCCGAUUACAAUGUGAAUGUCAUCAAGCCAAGAGUGAAUAGGCUUUUGCUAAAUCGGUGAUUUACCGUUUUCGGCUACAUCAUCUUACCAUCAGGUGGAAUUGUAAUUAAGCGUUGACUUAGAAUAGUUAAAAAAUUAUAAGAAAGUCCAAUCCAAAAUUUCAUAUUUGUGAAUAUUUAGGUAUUUUUGGGCGACAAGGCUCAGUAACAGCAAUUUUGAGUUAUUUUCCUCAACGCUCUAAUGCAUAAGUAGUUAAGUACAUUCUCCAAAAUAUAAACAAUGUUAGGGCUCAUUGUAGAGUUUCUGGAAAAAUUUUACGGUAAAUUAAACCAGCAAGCAGCCAAUGUAAUACUAAUCACUGAAUCCUAAGUUCUCAAGGCGCCUAAGCGGUCUAAAUAACUUGAGGUUUAUAUCAACAUCGGGGCAAUUGUUUCAUAGUUUCCAUAAAUAGUGCACAUGCGCAGACAUUGAAUACACAAAAUUGCACCUCUUUACGUAUCAAAAUCCUCUUUAAACCAAUAUUUAAGCGAAAAUCCACCGACGGUCAAGUUCCCGC